UUUCCGGAAUCUACUGCUUACUGGAGCUAGCUUGAUGCUAGCUUAUCACCAGAGAGUAAAAUGUCAGAAAACUUUGUGUUUUAUUCACAAACAAAGUCCAUCGUGGAGACUGCAAUUAAAGCUGCGGUUGAGAUGAUCGGAAAUUCAGACGAAGAAACGUCCACGACGGAGACGAGACGCAAGUCCUCACAGCCGGACGCUGACAGCGUCGUGGAGCUGUUGUCACGAGAGGCGACCAGAAAGAUCAGCAGUGUUUUCUCUCAGCUCAGCUCUCUGCUGCUCGCACACAACGCCGGUCUGAAGGUCCGAGUGGAGCAGCUGGAGAGCAAGCUGAGUACGGCGACUGAAAGUUUAAAAAGCUCCGGGCUGUGUGUGGAGAACAUCCUGAGCGGCUGCCCCAUCCUGUUCGAGCAGAGCGGCCUGAUCUUCACCCUGAAGCCGUCUGGGACGAUAACGAAAGACAAAGAGACAGAAGGAGACGCUGAACAAACGCCUGCUGCUGCUGCUGCUGCUUUAGUGCAGAGAGACGCUGAUGCUGCAGACGACGUUACCACAGCAAACACAGCUGAAUCCCAACACUCUGAGAGCCGAAUGGCAGUGGAAGCGGAGGUCAGGAGGAAAGGGACGUUGUUUGAAUGCGACGUCUGUAAGAAGAGCUUCAACCGUCAGUUUCAUCUGAUGAAGCACAUGAACACCCACAGGGAGCAGAAGCUCUUCGCCUGCGACCAGUGUCCGAGGAAGUUCAGGACGGCGGCGACGUUCGAGUACCACCUGCUGCGACACGAGGAGAAGAAGUACGCCAGCUACGCCUGCCAGCUCUGCGACAAGACGUUCAGGACGAAGGUCCGGCUGAAGAUCCACCAGCUCGUGCACACGGACACGAGGCCGUUCGUCUGCUCCACCUGCGGGAAGGGCUUCAAAACCAAACCCAACCUGCAGGCUCACCAGGCCGUGCACUCUGCGGAGAAGCCGCACAAGUGCUCCGAGUGCGGCGAGAGUUUCAAACACGCCUUCACGCUGCAGUGCCACCAGAGCGUUCACACCGGUCAGUAUCCCUACAAGUGCUCGGUGUGCGGGAAAGCCUUCGCGAAGAGGCAGUCGUUCAGGACGCACCAGUCCGUCCACAGAGGGAAAAUGUUCACGUGUGAGACGUGCGGCGCUGGUUUCACUCUGCAGCACAACCUCAAGAGACACAUUCGCAUCCACACGGGGGAAGCCCCGUUCAAAUGUAAGGUGUGCGGGAAGAGCUUCGUGCAGGACAACAAGCUGAAAACGCACAUGCUCCUGCACGGUGCGUCCAAGGCGUUCAUGUGUGACCUGUGCGGGAAGACGUUUCUGUACAACUGCCAGCUGAAGAAACACCAGAAAGUGACUCACGAUGAGAAACACGGGCAGGUGAUCAGGAGGCGAGCACGGGAGCGAGGGGGGCGGAGAGUCAUCUACCGACCGGACAAGACGAUGGUGGACGUGACGCCGUUCAGCUGCAGGGUCUGUCACAAAGGCUUCGACGCGGCGUCCGCCCUGAAGAGGCACGAGCUCGUCCACACGGGACACAUGCAGUACAGCUGCGACACGUGCGGGAAGUCGUUCUUCUACAAAGCCACGUACGACUACCACCAGAGGACCCACUCGGGAGAGAGGCCGUUCGGCUGCGACGUGUGCGGGAAGAGGUUCAUCAUCCUCUCCGCUCUCAAGUCCCACAAACUUCAGCACUCCGGGGAGAAGCCGCACAAAUGCGAGCAAUGCGGCAAGGCCUUCAGGAUCUACACUAACUACCUGAGACACCUGCGCAUCCACACGGGGGAGAAGCCCUACGAGUGCGAGGUGUGCGGAGUGAGGUUCAGGCAGCUCGGACAUGUCAAGUUUCACAUGCAGGUCCACACGGGGGAGCGGCCGUACUCCUGCAGCGGCUGUGGGCUCGGGUUUUCAGACUCGAGGCUCCUGAAGAAACAUAACUGCAGCGAGAAAUGCCAGAAAGUGUCGGGGGACGUCAUCACAACAUCCUGAUAGAAAGUCAGAGCUUCUUAACCUAAACAGGAAGUAACUAAAACUACAAGGCUACUGAUAUCAGAUGUGUUUUGAGCACCUUGUCAUUAAUAAAAGCGUUUCAGCAGCACAUUGUGACUGGAAAUAACUUGAAACUAUAAACUCUUACAUAGCGAAAUAAAAAUAUUCUGAAUAAAAC